UCCACAGAACCAGAAGGCCUGUUGCCAGGUAACCAGAUCUCCCUUCAUUUGCCAACACAGCACCCUGAGCUGCUGACCCACCAGCCUCCCACCGUCUUUCCCUCCGUGGGACCCUAAAAAGCAGGAGGAAGGGAGAAGCAAGAGCCCAGCCAGCACCCCCAGGCCACCUGCGGCUCCCCCAGCCACCGUUUCACUGCGAGGACCUGGCCGCCGGGCCCCCUGACUCAGCAGCAGCAUGAGUCUGGGCAUCAUGGAGGAGGAAGACCUGGCCGAGUACUUCCGGCUGCAGUAUGGGGAGCGCCUGUUAAAACUGCUACAGAAGUUCCCCAACAUUGACGAGCAGUCGGAGUCCCCAUCCAUCCGGCUCCUGGAGAAGAAGAAGGAGGCCAAGAUCAUGCACCGUGCCUUGGAGCAGAAAAAGGAGACAUUUCAGCGUAGAAUGGAAACCCUGAACCUGCGCUGGGAGGAGUUGGGCAUCAAGGAGGCCCAGCUGAAGGCCCACAUCCAGAAGUUUGAGCAGUUCAUCCAG